CAAUUUCCCCUCCAAGACUUCGAGGCAGGACUCGCUGGGACACGGGAUUGGUCGGUCGGAGAGGUGAUAACCUUAUUCCAACACAACUCAAGCCCGCAACCGCGCAAGUGGCCAAAGUGAAGUGUGGCAGAACAAGUGUAAGUGGUGUGGGUGUUGUGUUGCUGAUGAACGUAAAUCAGAUGAGCCCAAAGUGUGGAUAAAUAAUUAUUAUAUUGUAGGUGUAAAGUGUAAAAUUAGAAGAAAUCUUAGUCGUGAAUAUAGUGUUCAGAGAAGAGAAUUGGGUCGUGUUAAUACGAAAAUUAUUUGAUAAUAAAUACUACCACCAUGGCUGGAAAUGAACCACAAAACAAGAAAACGAAAUUAUCGGCGCUUUCGCAGUUGAAAACUUUUACGACUGUAGUUGCCGAUACAGGUGAUUUUGAAGCAAUGAAGCAGUACAAACCCACCGAUGCCACCACGAACCCUUCUCUCAUGUUAUCCGCCGCUAACAUGCCCCAAUAUAAGCACCUUAUUGAAAAGGCUGUAGAAUAUGGUAUUAAAUCUGGAAAUAACUUGGAUGAACAACUACAAGCUGCUGCUGACAAACUCUGUGUGUUGUUUGGAACUGAAAUUUUGAAAAUCAUCCCAGGAAGAGUUUCAACUGAAGUUGAUGCAAGGUACUGUUUCCUAUAACUAUCAUUUAAUAAAGAAGCCAGUAUAAAGAAAGCUAGGAGGUUGAUUGAAUUAUAUGACGAACAUGGAAUUUCUAAAGAUAGAAUUCUUAUAAAAUUGGCUUCCACCUGGGAGGGUAUACAGGCUGCAAAGGAACUUGAGGAGAAAUAUGGUAUUCAUUGCAAUCUCACACUCCUGUUUGCCUUCUGCCAAGCAGUAGCUUGUGCUGAAGCCGGUGUCACUCUGAUAUCUCCAUUUGUUGGUCGUAUUUUGGAUUGGUAUGUUGCAAACACCAACCAGAAGACUUAUGAGGGCACUGAAGAUCCUGGUGUUCAGUCAGUGACAAAGAUCUACAAGUACUACAAAAAAUUUGGUUACAAAACUGUUGUCAUGGGUGCAUCCUUCCGGAAUGUUGGAGAAAUACGGGCAUUGGCUGGUUGCGACUUCCUUACUAUUAGCCCAAAGCUUCUGCAAGAACUGGAAGGAAGCAAUGAUGAAGUUUAUGAAGUACUGACUGAGAAAUCAGCUCGAAAAUCAGAUCUGGAAAAAAUUACACUGGAUGAGGCAUCUUUUAGAUGGGAACUGAAUGAAGAUCAAAUGGCAACUGAUAAGCUCUCUGAUGGCAUUCGUAAGUUUGCUGAAGACCAACGGAAGUUAGAGAAGAUGUUGAGAGAACAAAUUGUUGCUAAAACAAAAUGAAUGUAAAUAAACAUUGCCAAAAAUGGGACCAAUAUUUUUAUACAACUUAAAGAAGUUUUUAAAGGCUUGUAGAUAUUGGAAGAAAAAUAAAUAUUUGCUUUUGAGAUUUGUCA